AUGAUGAGCGGAAGGCUGAGUUUUGCGGUGCUGUGCCAACUUGCAAAGCUGCACUACCCGGCUGUGCUCGCCCGCACGCUGGCCGAGGUGGUCCCUCGUGGGGCAAUGGCCAACCCCGCUUCUGACGAGGCUCGGUUGAAGGACGCGGUGGCGAUGCGGCAACGGCUGGUCUCCGCGGCCGAGGCGACGUUACAACAUUCGCUUCGUGGCGGUCGUGAGGCCAGCGCCAAGCAGCUCUGCAAGACGCGGCUCGCGCUCGAGCGCGGCACUCUUGAGGUAUCCCGUCUGGACAGCGGGGAGUAUGGUAAGGAGACGGAGACCAUCGCGACAAGGCCCAUCAGUAGCAGGCCUGAGGCCUCAACUCAGAUGCCGACCAGCCUGGUCGUGGCGGCCUACGAGCGGCGUUGUGUCCGGUCGACGCUUGAACGAGAGCGUCGAGCAGCGCCAGCGCGCAGCGGUCACCAGUGGGCCGGAAUCCAGGCGAGGGCCACCGCUGAGAAGGCGCAGAUCGACCGUCGGGCCGCGUAG